UCAGCCUCGAUGAAUAAAAACUUUCACCUUUAUUCUAAAUAGAAUUCGAUCACAGUACAAGAGUCUGUAUUCUCUACCCAUGUGGAGAGUUACGAUAAAAUGGAAUCCCCUUGGUUACAGUUCACACAAACAACACAAUGCUCCCAAACCUUCAGAUGGAGUCGUUGAAUGGUAAUAUAGAUGCAUGGAUGGUUGGAUGGAUGAAGAAGGCCCCACCCACGUCAUUUUACGUAGAACCCCGUGACCUUUUUUUCAAACAGACAUAAAGGUGGCCCAGUAGCUAGAGCUACCCACCAAAGACCAUUGUCUGAAAGGGACCUUUUCCCUUAUCUCAUUUCUCACUCGAGGAAUACAAAAAAGUGAUAUCAGACAAAAGCUUCGGAAUUAUUCUCCCCCAAAAGAUAGAUUUCUUGUUAUAAUGAGAAGCUAAAUAGAUAUAAUUCUGUGGAUCUCAAGCCUCACCUUUAUGGGUGAAAACUGAGAUGGGUUCACUUCAUUUUCCCUUCCUUCUUCUGUACUUGAUCUCAUUCCACGUCCUCUUUGAUAGUCAAUCGCCCUCAAAGCUUGUGAAGGGGGACGCCACAUUGAUCCAACAGACCUGCAAAAGCACUAAAUACUACGACCUCUGUGUGUCUUCUCUGAGAUCCUAUCCCACAAGCCUCAAAGCCGACACCAAGGGCUUGGCAGUCAUCAUGGUCGGGAUUGGCAUGGCCAACGCCACAGACACCUACUCCUACCUGUCGUCUCAGUUGCUGUGCAGUCCCAAUGAUGCGGCCACCAAGAAAGUCCUCAAGCUGUGCUCCGACAAGUAUUCUUACGCUUAUGACGCUCUGCAGGCGUCGCUCCAGGACUUGGGUUCAGACUCCUUCGAUUAUGCGUCUAUUCGUGUCACUGCGGCCUCUGACUACCCCAACGCUUGCCACAAUGCCUUUAGACCAGUAAGGUCUCCUCCUCCUUCUAUGGCGUAUCCGGCAGAGCUUGCACGUAGGGAAGAAGCUUUGAAGCAUCUCUGUGAUGUGGCUCUAGGGAUAAUAGAUCUUCUUCUUUCACAGGAAUAAUUAAACGGUUGGCCUUACUUUAUUUCUUCUUGGCGUCAAUUAUGAUGGAUGAUAAUAUAUGGUUUGGCAUCUUCUUUUGCUUCGUCCAUAUAUGUUUGUUUCGUUACUCCUUUCUUUUUAUUAAAUUUAAAUCCUUUCUCCUACAGCCGUGUCUCUUUAUUCAUACACGAAAGGGUGCAAAUGCUAUUAAUGGUGAUUCAGAUUCGGCCUCCCCUGAACUCCAGACUAUUUCUCAAGAUAUCACUUUAUUAAUUGCUCACUUUUCAUAA